CGUUACCUUCCUCUCUCUCUCUCUGUUUAAUUUUUGGCUGCUUCCAGUUCCAAAGCGACCCCAGUCUCCUUCCCUCUUCCCUCCUCUCUCUCUCUCUCUCUCCCGCGAAAUCUCCACUCCAAUCUCCCUCCAUCCCCGCCGGCGAUCUCGCUUGCUGCCGUUAGUUCCUCGCUCGCUCUCGACUCCCCGCUUCGACUGACGCAGCCUGUUUACCUUUUUUUCUUCACUGUUAGAAGGAGUUCUCGAGGGGCAUCGAGGAUAUGAUUAGGGUGUUCUCGAUGUGAAAGCACGAGAUCUGGUAUCGAGGCGAUCUCUGUUGUUGCCCUAGCGCUCAAAGAAAGGCAUUCCUUGCUGUUCUUGUUAUGCUGAUGGAUUCUGAAGCACUCAAAGAUUUCUCCUUUGACAAAAUUGGAGCUUCUGAAUCGGAUGAAAUGGAGAUCAUUGAGAUGGGGUCUUUAAUUAAGUUGGAAGAAGUGGCAAGUGGUGGGCAAGAAGUUUGCCGCCGUGCUCCCUCGAUCGGGUGUAAUUACUAUCCUGAAGGUUGUGAUGGUGCAUUCAUUGAACUCAUUGAUGGAAUGGAAGUUUGUCCUGCAACCCCGUCUCCUGAUAGUGAGAGUUUGGAUCUUUCAUUCUCUUCUGAUCAAUCUGAGGAACGUGAGGCCGUUUCCAUUGCCCAAACCCCAUUACAAAACACCUUCGAUCCAUUUGCUCCUGCCAAAGAAGAUCUAGCUGUUGCCCCCAUGAAGAAAACUCUGAAGAGAAUUCAAAUUCCUCACCUGCGGAAGCUGAAAUUUUAUGAAUUUCUUGAUUCCACUCGUAUAGAAUGCCAUGUUCCUGAAGAUGGUCACCUUUCAGAAUUACUUUCUCAAUCGUUCUUCGAACUAAUUGUUUCGUGCCAGUUGCAGGAGAUAUCUGCAAACAAUCUGUUGGAUCAUGAGCAACAUUCCAAAUAUCCCAAUACGCCACUGUCAUUACCUUUACUAACAGGUGUUGCAGAGACAUGCCCACCUGCUCCUAAGAGAGAACCGGCAAGAUCAACAAAAUUAGAUCCCGGAAUAUGCCGACAGCUUGACUUCCCCGACGACGAUAUGGCUGGAUGACAGAACUCUGUUUUUAUGUUUUCUAACAUAUAAUAUCACAAACUUAUUUAAUAGUUAAUGUUCCUAGCUACAUAGAAAUAACCUGUGUUCUAUCCUGAUUAGACUCAUGCAGGGACUAAUUGCUUCAAUUGCAGUUUGUAAAUUUUGGAUUGCUCAUGCUUGCUGAUUUGAGCUGUAGUGUCAAUGAUAUUGAUGACACUAGGAAAGUUAUUAACUUCAUGUAAGUUGGAUAAGUACAUGACUUGAAUGUGCCAUCACUGUGUUUUCUUCU